GGCAAGGGGGUGUGGACAGAGGUGAUUUAAGAGCACCCCCACUCCCAGGCAUGCCCAGAGCUGCAGGGCACACAUCUCCAGAGCUGGGACCCAUCCGCUCAGAACACACCUGAGCCGCAGCCAGCAGACACCUGCUGCCACCUUCAACAUGGACACUAUGAACACGGCCAUCCUGAUUCUGCUCCUGGCUAUCACCUGCCUGUUCCUGACCUUCAGUUCAAGGAGCAAAGGCCAGCUGCCCCCUGGCCCCACGCCCCUCCCACUCCUGGGAAACCUGCUGCACCUUUGCUUCCCAGACUUGCUGACCUCUCUCACCAAGCUGAGUAAGAAGUACGGCUCUGUGUACACCGUGCACCUGGGGUCCAGGCCAGUGGUGGUCCUCAGCGGGUACCAAGCUGUGAAGGAGGCCCUUGUGGACCAGGCGGAGGAGUUCAGUGGCCGCGGUGACUUCCCCGUCUUUUUCAACUUCACUAAGGGCAAUGGCAUCGCCUUCUCCAAUGGGGACCGGUGGAAGGCCCUGAGGAGGUUCUCUAUCCAGAUUCUGCGCAACUUCGGGAUGGGGAAGAGGAGCAUUGAGGAGCGGAUCCUGGAGGAAGAAGGCUUCCUGCUGGCGGAGCUGCGGAAAACUGAAGGCAAGCCCUUCGACCCCACGAUUGUGGUGAGCCGCUCGGUGGCCAACAUUAUCUGCUCUGUGAUGUUCGGCAGCCGCUUCGACUACGACGACGAGCGUCUGCUCACCAUUAUCCGCCUCAUCAAUGACAAUUUCCAAAUCAUGAGCAGCCCCUGGGGAGAGCUGUACAACAUCUUCCCGAACUUCCUGGACUGGGUGCCCGGACCACACCGACGCAUUUUCCAGAACUUCGGGCGCAUGAAGGACCUUAUCGCCUGCAGCGUCCGCGAGCACCAGGCGUCCCUCGACCCCAACUCUCCCCGAGACUUCAUUGAUUGCUUCCUCACCAAAAUGGCACAGGAGAAGCAGGAUCCGCUGAGCCACUUUUACCUGGAUACCCUCAUAAUGAGCACACAUAACCUGAUCUUUGGUGGCACCGAGACGGUGGGCACGACGCUGCGCCACGCAUUCCUUGUGUUAAUGAAGUACCCAAAAGUGCAAGCCCGCUUACAGGAGGAGAUCGACCGCGUGGUGGGACGCGAGCGGCAGCCGGUGCUGGAGGACCGAGUGGCCAUGCCUUAUACAGAUGCGGUGAUCCACGAGGUGCAGCGCUUCGCAGAUGUCAUCCCCAUGAAUUUGCCACACCGCGUCACCCGGGACACAGCCUUUCGCGGGUUCCUGAUACCCAAGGGCACGGAUGUUAUCACCCUCCUUCACUCAGUCCACUAUGACCCCAGCCAAUUCCUGACACCCCAGAAAUUCAACCCUGAGCACUUUCUGGAUGCCAAUCAGUCUUUCAAGAAGAACCCUGCCUACAUGCCCUUCUCAGCUGGACGCCGAGUGUGCCUGGGCGAGUCGCUGGCGCGCAUGGAGCUCUUCCUCUUCCUCACCUCCAUCCUGCAGAGCUUCUCGCUGCAGCCGCUGGUGGCACCCGAGGACAUCGACCUGAGCCCGCUCGGCACGGGUAUUGGCACUGUGCCGCGGCCUUUCCAGAUGUGCGCGCGCGCCCGCUAAAGCGGCCGACCUAUCGGGUUCGCCUGCGACCCCGAGGGCCGUCCAGGGAUUACUCCGUCCCUCUUCCCGUUCCGCUGUACCCCCGUCCCUCUCGCUGUCACACUCGUUUCCCCUCCCCUUGUGCCUGCCACAUGCCCAUCCCCCAUCCCUCUCUUUACCUGGUCUGCGCCCCCAGAGACAGAGAAAGUCCCGGGGAAGGGGGAAGUGCGUGUCUGGUUUUACCCACUGAACUCGUUCCAUUGAGCGCCCUCUGGGGACCUUUUGUAUCUUUUUCUACUAGAUUAAUCUGUAAUAGAUUCAAAACUGC